GAGCCACGCCUCCUGGGAGAACUGCAGCCUGGCAGAUGAGGACGACGCUGCGUGCUGCUGUUCAUAGCAGCGGAAAAAUAAGAACCAAAACGACGCCCCAAACACUAAAGGAUAACAAAAUAAAGUAACGACUAGAACAGGAAAGUGUUUAUAGUGUAAUAGAGGACAUGACAGCGCAGUGUGUCCGAGCUGUAGUUGUGUAACAGAAGCAGGAGGAGACAUCUGUGUGUUGUGUUUACACACGCUUCAGUCGCCACGUUUCAGUGCGCGAACUUAACAGCUCGUUACUGCAGUUCUUCAGAAUGGAUGCGAGGAGUCUGGACAAAACCACAAACGACUUAUUUCUUUAAGGGGGAAAAAAAAGUGCAACUCGUUUUCUCCAGCUCCAUGCGGGACGCCUACUUUGGCCGUCGUCUUACAUUUCACACACACUCCAUGUGAUUGGUUUCCCAGCUGAGGUCCAGCUUUAGAGUUUCUUUUUGUCCUCGUUGACUUGAGACGUGGAGAUGGAGGGACCGGGGGACAAGGGGAAAGGGAAAGGGAAGGAGAGGAGCUUCUCGCUGUGGUAUGUGGGCUACAGCGCGCUGGACCGGCGCACUACGCUGCCCAUGCUGCCGUGGCUCGUGGCUGAGAUCCGCAGGAAGAGUGAGUCCGGUCCGGUUCAGGCUCGGCUUGUUCAGCUGUCUCUGAGUCCUCCUGUAAUCCGCUGCGUGCCUGCAAACAGCAGCACUUCGUCCGUGUUUAUAUUUGAGCACAAAGCGCAGUGUAUUUCACGUUUCAUCCACAAUAGCCAUGACCUCGCCUACUUCGCCUACCUCAUCCGCAGCCAGCCGGACGACCCGGAGUGCGAAAUGGCUUGCCAUGUGUUCAGGGCGUGCGACCCAGACCAGGUGUCUGAGGUCAUCAGCAGCAUUCGGCAGGCCUCCAAAAGCACACUCAAAGAGGAAAGCAAACCCAAACAGGAGGCUGAAGAAUCCUUUUACAACUCGCAAAAGUUUGAGGUGCUUUACUGUGGCAAGGUGACGGUGAACCACAAAAAAGCACCCUCCACCCUGAUUGACGACUGCAUCGACCUUUUUCGGGAGCACGAGUUCGAGCGCAGGCGUCUGCGCCACAUGAAUGGCCAGCGCGCUGUCGAGACCCCACUGGUGUUCACUGUAGGAGAUGACCCUCUCAGCACAUCGCUCUCUGAGGCUUCACUCACGGAGCUCAACGAGAAAGCAGGCAGUAUGCGCAGUGCCUUCCCAGAGUGCAUCCAGGAGGACUCUGGCUUUGAGCAGCAGGAGUUCCGCACUCGCUGCAACAGCUUGGCAGGCGGCAUACAGAAAAUUCCUAGAGAAACUGGAGCCAAAGUGCCAACACGUAGGAGACAUGCUAGCGCACCUAACAACGUUCAGCCCUCUGAUGCAGACAAGAACCGCACCAUGUUGUUUCAGGUGGGCCGGUUUGAGGUGAAUCUCAUCAGCCCUGACAGCAAGACAGUAGUGCUGGAGAAGAAUUUCAAAGAUAUAUCGUUUUGCUCCCAGGGAGUGAAGCAGACAGACCACUUUGGGUUCAUCUGUCGCGAUGUGCUGGAGUCGGGGCCCAGCCAGUACAUAUGCUACGUGUUCCAGUGUGCCAGUGAGUCUCUGGUGGAUGAGGUGAUGCUGACUAUGAAGCAGGCCUUCAGUACAGCAGCGGCAAUGCGGAGCUCCAAAACCCAGAUCAAACUGUGUGAGGCGUGUCCAAUGCAUGACCUGCACAAGCUUUGCGAGCGGAUCGAAGGGCUGUAUCCUCCCAGAGCAAAGCUGGCCAUUCAAAAGUACCUCUCCCUGCUGAGCGAUAAUGAGCAGGCAGACAUUUUUGAACGUGUGCAGAAGAUGAAGCCAAGCUGUGAUCAGGAAGAGAAUGAGCUGGUUAUUCUUCACCUCAGGCAGCUGUGUGAGACCAAGCAGAAGACACAUGUGCAUAUUGGAGAGGCUUCACAGAAUGCAGUAGGCUCAGAGAGCUCGAGUGCAGCUGGACGCAACAAGCUGGAUGUGUUGAAUAAGGCACGCAGCUCCCUCACCAGCUCCCUGGAGAACAUCUUUUCACGGGGUGCAAACCGGAUGCGCAUGCGUCUAGGAAGCAUGGGCAGCUUUGACCGGCAAGACGAGUCUCCCAGUGAUUCUCCUCCUGGCACCCCGCCUGCUACCUUGGAAGAGGACCCUGACGCCCCGCUGUUCCGCCGGCGAGCACACACCUUCAGCCACCCUCCCAUCAAGAAGAGGAUCUCUUUCACAGAGCUACCGACACAGAGCAAGGCUCCUCUGUACAGACAACAGUCUCUUGCUCCAGAGCUGUUGCAGAGCAGCCCGGUACGUGUGCCAAGAAAACGCAGUGUCUCUGAAGGCGAGUCCUCCUUCAGCCUUCACUCCUCCUUCUCCACUCAAACUUUCCUGAAAAGUUUAUACCUGGGUUCCUUCAGCUCACUGGCCUCCCUGCCGGACAGCCCCAAGAGUAGUAAUGGAGAGGACAGAAACAGGAGGCUUUCAGGCUGCAGCACUGACUCGGUGACUCCACUGACUCCACGCAGAGUGUCUUGGCGUCAGAAGAUUUUCCUGAGGGUGGCUUCACCAAUGAACAAAUCCUCAGCCUCUAUGCACAUGGAUGAUAUGGAUGGAAGUGAGCUGCUGCCGCUUUCUCCACGUGCCUUACAACAGGAGCAGAACUCCCUAUCCGGGUUGCUCUCCCCCACCCAGAGCCUGAGAGGAGAUAACGCACGACGCACCUCUGCUGAUUAUAAAGCUCUGUGGAAAAAGGCCAUCCACCAACAGAUUCUCCUUCUCCGCAUGGAGAAGGAGAACCAGCGCUUGGAGGAAGCCAGCCGGGAUGAACUACACAUCCGUAAGAUGAAGCUGGACUACCAGGAGGUGGGUGAGUGUCCUACAGAGGUGCAGGCUCUGUGGGAGAGAAAGCUGAACGUGCCUUGCAGGACCAAAGUCCAGUGGGACAAAGAUGAGAUCCACACUGCUCUCUGUCAGGGUGUCCCAAAGAGUCGACGAGGUGAGGUGUGGCUGCUUCUCUCUCAGCAGUAUCGCCUGCGACAUCGUUUACCUCAGCGGCAGCAGCCUCCGGAAAUAUCCUACCAGGAUCUGCUCAAGCAGCUCACCACACAGCAGCAUGCCAUCCUGGUGGACCUGGGUCGCACAUUCCCUGCACACCAGUACUUCAGUGCACAGCUGGGCGCAGGCCAGCUUUCUCUCUAUAACCUGCUGAAGGCUUAUUCUCUACUGGACACGGAAGUGGGCUACUGCCAGGGCAUCAGCUUUGUGGCUGGAGUGCUGUUGCUGCACAUGAGCGAGGAGCAGGCUUUUGACACGCUCAAGUUUCUAAUGUACGACCUGGGGAUUCGACGCCAGUACCGACCAGACAUGAUCUCCCUUCAGAUUCAGAUGUACCAGUUGUCCAGGCUGCUGCAUGACUAUCACCGUGGUCUGUAUUCACACCUGGAGGAGCACGAAAUCAGCCCUAGCCUGUAUGCCGCCCCGUGGUUCCUCACACUCUUCGCCUCUCAGUUUCCCCUCGGCUUUGUCUCCCGCAUCUUCGACCUGCUAUUUGUCCAGGGCACAGAGGUGAUUUUUAAGGUGGCCCUAUGUUUGCUGAGCAGCCACGAGGGAGAGAUCCUGGAGUGUGACAGUUUUGAGAGCAUCGUAGACUACCUUAAGACCACCAUACCCGCCCUCACACAGAACCAGAUGGAAGAGACAAUCAGCGAGGCUAUAGAGAUGGACAUUUCCAAGCAACUGCAUGCCUAUGAGGUGGAGUAUCACGUCCUACAGGACGAGAUGGUGGAUGCUGCUCCGCUUUCAGAGGAGUCAGACAGGCUAGACAGACUGGAGAAGAUCAACAUUCAGCUCAAGAAGCAAAAUAUGGAUCUGCUGGAGAAACUGCAGGCAGCACGGGUGAAAAUCCAGAGUCUGGAGAACAGCGUAGAGAGCUUUCUGAAACGUGAGAGCCAGAUGAAGCACAUGAUCCGCUCACUGGAGCAGGAGAAGGCCAACUACCAGAAGACAAUUGAGCGCAUGCGCAGCAGCCUCCCUACAGACGCAGCUGACGUGGAGAUGACCCAGCUGAAGAUGAGCAGCAACAGCAAAACCAAAUAACAAAUAAUCCCGAGUUAGCAAGCGUUUCCCUCACGAACAUAGAAAACAUCAGAUUACAACCAGGCAUGGUGGAGAAUUGUGGAACUUUCCCAUGGAAAUUCUCCUUAGCAUAACUGGUGAACUUUAGGCACAUCUCAAACUGAUCAAGAUCAAUGGGUUGAUUUUGGGGAGGGAGUGUACAAAACGUUUAGCUUUCUGCAAAAAGCAUCAUCGCUUGUAGCAUCCACUUUCUCUGCACAGACAAAAAGUGCCCCAAAAGACCUGUUAACCUUGCUUUACUCCAUUGAAUAAAAAAAAAUCACUUCAGGUUUAGGGAUCAUGGCUGCUGCAUAGAACAGAAAAUUUACUUCAGUAUCAGAUAUGUUGAAAACACUUGAAAAGAAGAUGAAUGUAGCCUUUUUCCCCCUCAAUGUGCAGUGUGACUCAUGUCUGUGUAAGGAGGAUCGCUGCCUUGAUGUCAGUGGAGACAUCUGUGAGAAUGGAAGGCAGUGUGACUUUAAGCUCACCAGAGAACUUUUCCCGGAGGAACCCAACAAAAGCGGCAGUGACGUAACCGAGCGGCAAAAACCAAAAUAUUUAGCUUAUCGGAUCGACACUCUGCUCAAAGAGCUAAACCCAAAGUUCAAGCAGGAAAUGAAACUCUCUCUGAAUUUCCUCUAACUUUGCAGCACCAUCCAGUUUUAACCUACUCUCCAAACUCCUACACCUUUCUGGCACUUCAUCAGUUACUGAAUGUGCUUCAAGGCAAAUCAGACUUGCUGAAGACCGGAAGCGCCUACCACACUGUCUACCACAAUGCUGCAACAUAGGUUCAUGAGUUAUGCAAGCUACACAGCGAAAUCUUUGUUUGCACAGGGUAUUUAAUAUCUAAAAGUGUAAUAUCCAGGUGUGAAAAUUCUGAAAAAAAGAAAAAACAACCCCCUGAAAAUCCUUAAUAACCCACCAGUAACAUUCCCCCCCUAAACAACCUUUAUGUUGAUAUUCAUUACAAACUAAUUUGUGAAAAGGUGCAUAGAAUCUGUGCAGACGUCACCUGAAACAUCAUCUGUACGUACGGGAUGGUUUUCCUUCUCGGUGCUCUUGACUAGUUUCUUGAAAGCCUUCCAUGAAACGUAGCUAAUUAAUGAAGCGUUAUGAAUGUAUUACGUAUGAUUUUUAAUGAAAUGCAAUAACUAUUGCAGAAAUAUACAAAAUCUGCACCUGAGUAGUAAAGAAAUAUUUCUUCUGUUAAAGAAGUGAAUCAAUAUAGAGACUGUUACAGGAAAUGAUCCUCCGUCAGUAAAGAGCUGCUAUUUCACAUAGUAUGAAUCGAUAUGUGUAAUGCUUCUCAUUCCCUAUGAAAGAUGGGUAGCUUUAAGAAGAGCUCCAUGAUUACAAUUUCAUAACAUUUUAACAGUAAUGAAUAUGAUGUUAAUUAAAUCUCGAGAGCGAUGCAUCGAAUCCUGCUGGAAUUUGAGCUGGUAAAUUUCUGCAGUUGCUGGCCGAAGCAGUGUGCAGGUAUUUUUUAUUAAUACGCUUAUAUGCAGAGAACCUGUGCAAGAAAAUAAAAGGGAAAAAAGUGAUCAUGACUCUGUUCACUUUAGCGCCUAAUACAGACUCAGUCAUCUAUUCUCAGUUGCAGAACAAUAAGCAGAAGCGAUCCAGGCUGUGUGCCAGAUACUACACUCUACUUUUUGAAAACUUUUUUUUUUUCCUUCUGGUCACCUCUCAAAGGAUGACUUACUCCUACUCUUGUUUCCAGUAAGCUGAAAUUCAGUAGGGGGUUUACUGAUGAUUUGAUGUUCUGAUAGCAGUUUUAUUUUAUUUGCUUUCUUGUCUUUAUCAUGUUGUUUAUCAAUGCAUCGCUGUCUUAGGUUUUCAGGAUCUCAGGAUCUUCACAUCUCACGAUUUUUUUUAUUUUUUAUUAUUAUUUUUUUUCAUAUGUUUUUCGGUUGGUCUUAAAGUGGUGUGCGAGGCCAGCAGUGACAUUUUGACAGUGUUUUAUUUCUGCGUCAUAUACAGACAGACACUGUAGGUGUUAAGUGGGUUAUAUUGGUCUGAUAAUUGUGUGCGGCUAAAGGCCAAAAAGCAGCUCGGUUUUAUUGUUCGGAAGCUUGGAACAAAAAAUUGCUUCUUAUGCUGGUGUGACAUCCGCUCCAUGUGUAUAUAAGCACUCAGGUCAGUUCAUAAAAUCUGCUUUGGCACAGACUUCACCAUGGUGAUAAAACAUCUAGAGACAUGCAGCAAGAAAGAUCAUUUGCUUAUCAGCAUUUGAAGAAAUUGGGGAAAUCUUAUUCCAGUACAGAAGCAUCUUGUUGCAUCUUUGUUACUGUGACCCUUUUUGUAUUCAGAAGUGUCUUAUGGUAUUUGGGUUUUUUCAAAUGAUGCACAUUUUCCAAAACGUUAGUUGUUAAUUAAUCAAAGGUUUGACUCUCAACAGUACACACAAGCAGUGCUUGCAUUAGACACGCCAAACAACACUGUUUUGGGUGGGGUACACAACUGCUGUGUAGGGUUUUUUUUUGCAUGUUUACACUUUUCUGCACUUAAGAAGUGAGAGAUGCAAAAUUCCAAGGCACUCAAAGUGUUUGCAGGAAAAGUCAACAUAAUUCUUAUGUUAAAAAGAUCAGAAGGUGCACAAGACACCUUCUGUUUUCUGUUGUGUUUCAAAUAUGCCAGAAUGCAAUCGUUUUUCUUAAUUAAACCCGACACUAUGGUUACAUUUUGAUUUUUUUUUUCAUGUUUGGAGGGUAAUGAUUUGCUCACUGUGUUUAAUGAUUGUUGCUCUGUAAAUACAAUUGACUAAUGAAAAAAAAAUUUCAAUCUGUGGACUCCGGUCCACUUGGUUGUAUGUUAAUCAAGAGCCCAUGCCUUAUUAAAACAUUCUGGCUUUUUAUA